AGAGAGAGAGAGAGAGAGAGAGAGAGAGAGAGAGAGAGAGAGAGAGAGAGAUAGAGGUGUUUUGUGUCAAGAGGAUUUCCUUUGAAAUGGAGUGCUUCAGUUUUUUCGUUCAGUUGAUGUUGGUAAGCGUUGCCUCUGCCGGGAUAGAUGGAAUACAUUGGACAUAUACAGAAGGGGCCCUGGACCAAGUGCACUGGGCGGAGAACUAUCCUGCGUGUGGUGGUCGGAAACAGUCCCCCAUUGACAUCCAGAGGCAGAACGUGCGACACAACCCCCACAUGAUACAGCUGGAGCUCACCGGAUAUGAUGCUCAGAAGGGUAACUUCCUCAUGAAAAACAACGGACACUCAGUUGAAAUCGUCCUCCCUCCCAGCAUGGUGAUCACCAAGGGUCUCCCCGGGCACUACACGGCCGUCCAGAUGCACCUCCACUGGGGCGGCUGGGACUUGGAGGAGAGCGGGGCAGAGCACACCCUGGACGGCAUCAGAUACAUGGCAGAGCUCCACGUUGUCCAUUAUAACUCUGAUAAGUACAAGAGCUUUCAAGAGGCCAGCGACAAGCCGGACGGACUGGCAGUUCUAGCCUUCUUCUUCGAGGAUGGACAUUUUGAGAACACCUACUACAGCGAUUUCAUCAACAACCUGGAAAAAGUGAAGUACACAGGCCAGUCCCUGAACAUAUCCACCCUCAACGUGCGUUCCAUGCUACCUGAGAACCUGAACCAUUUCUUCAGGUACCAGGGCUCUCUCACCACCCCUCCCUGUUACGAGAGCAUCCUGUGGACCGUGUUUGACACUCCCAUCACCCUCUCUCACAACCAGAUCAGGAAGUUGGAAAGCACUCUGAUGGACAUGGACAAUAGGACCCUGUGGAAUGAUUACCGCAUGGCCCAACCUCUCAACGACCGCGUGGUCGAGUCCUCCUUCCUGCCUGGCCUGAGGAAAGCCACUUUCUGUCGCCAUGAUGAAAUAGAAUCAAAGCUCCUGAAGAUCGAGGGUCUGAUAACUUCUCUUGGAAACCACAUACGUUCAAGUGCAAUUGGGGAUGCAAGGCCUUCCGAACAUGAGCCCCGAGUGAUGUCUCCCCUAGUGCUCCACUUCCCAGAGAGGAACACCGAGAGCUAUGCCCUGGCCCACCUGGCUCACUCCAUGGACCUGCACUCCUUCACCGCCUGCAUGCACCUGAGGACGCGCCCUGGAGAGAUACACACUGUCCUGUCAUACUCCAGCCAGGGCAACGACAACGAACUGUUGAUCACCGUGGGAUAUGAGGUGGGUCUGUGGAUCGGCAACGAGUUUGUCAACCUGCCCCACAACUUCCACUCCCAUGACUGGGUCAACUACUGUGUCACCUGGUCGUCCCACUCCGGGGGGGCUGAGCUGUGGAUCAACGGAGUGGUGGGGGAGGAGCAGUACCUCCGGAGAAGAUACACAGUCAGCCCAGCAGGGGUCUUCAUCCUGGGGAAGGACCAGGACGGCUUCCUGGGAAUCUCUGACACGGACGCCUUCGUGGGUCAGAUGACGGAUGUCAACGUGUGGGACUACGUUUUGAACUCGGCUGAGAUCCGGGAACAGAUGUCCUGUGAGGACACCGCCUCUCCCAGGGGGAAUGUGUUUAGCUGGGGGGUCACACCUCUGAGUCUCUAUGGAGGGGUGCAGCUGGAGACCGACUACAGGUGUCACUGAGGGGAGGGGUGCAGCUGGAGACAGACUACAGGUGUCACUGAGGGGAGGGGUGCAGCUGGAGACAGACUACAGGUGUACUGGGUGGUGUUCAGUAGGGCACAACGUAGCAAAACGCAUUGAAACGGAGAAUAAAAUAUAAAUGAUGUCUGGUCAAUAUAUCAAAUCUAUCCUUUACUGCUAACUAUUGAGUAUGAAGGAUAUCUCAUCUAUUGGAGACAUGGGUAACGGGCUCAGUAUAACAAUGUUUAUUGUAUAAGGGAGGGGAAUCGCAGCAGAUCUCUGAAUGUCCGUGUGGGCUCAGAGCAUCAACAAACCAUCGUAUUCGUAUCUUUUGUUUUCUUAAUAAAGUUCUAUAUUAAGCA